AUGAACAGAUGGAAGUUUGACGACUUUGAAAUUGGGGCAUCUUUAGGGCGAGGGAAGUUUGGGAAGGUGUACCUAGCACGGGAGAAGAAAUCUGGGUUUAUAGUUGCGCUGAAAAUAUUGUUAAAAACAGAAAUAACCGGGUGCAAUGCAACCAAACAAGUCCGGCGCGAGAUUGAAAUACAGAGCCACAUGAAGCACGAGAACAUACUUCGGCUGUAUGGGUACUUCUACGACGACUUAAAUGUAUAUAUUAUACUGGAGUAUGCAGCAAAAGGAGAAAUGUUUAAGCUUCUCCAGAAAAAGAAGAGGUUCACAGAGCAGGAGGGCGCAAAAUACAUUGCAGAAAUGGUCCAGGCAUUGAAGUACAUACAUACUAAGAAUGUGAUACACAGAGACAUAAAACCAGAGAACAUUCUGAUAGGGGCAGAUAAUAAGCUGAAAAUAGCUGACUUUGGAUGGGCAGUACAUAAUAUUGACAGCAAAAGGUAUACUUUCUGUGGUACAAUGGACUACUUGCCACCGGAGAUGGUCUGUCAUCAGAAACAUGACAAGUACGUGGACAUAUGGGGAAUAGGAGUUCUAGCAUAUGAAUUUGUUGUGGGAAAUCCUCCUUUUGAGGCAAAGGGAAGCACUGAUGAGACAUUCAAGCGGAUCAAAUCAAUUGAGUUCACAUUCCCUUCGUACUUGUCCAAUGCAUGCAAAGACUUCAUUUCAAAACUACUUGUACGAGAGCCUGAAGAAAGACUUUCCAUAGACCAAAUACUGACGCACAGAUGGAUACGAACAAAUACCAGAACAAAGAAAGAAUAAAUUGCGAAUAAGAAAUCAGCAAAAGUGUUUCUGCAGUAUUCUAUCGCAUGCUGUACUUAUUUCAUGCAAAUUCGGCACACCUCUAAUUAUUUUGAUUUUCGGGUUCAAGCCAUUUCUGGUUCUGUAUUCAACAGGAAAAGCAGCAGACCAUAAAUAUAUGUGAAGUGUUGAAAUUACUGAGUGUAAAAUAAGAAAUUGCCAUUUGCAUUUUGUGCACUAAAUGGUAAUCAGACUUAUAAAAAUAUCUGUAUAUCAUAAAUAACUGGUCAUUAUGUAAUUUAUUUUGGUUAUAUUUGGGUUAUUUAGAUGUACCCAGUGCUUAUGCAUAUAAUACAGUAUAACGGAUAAUUAUAAUAUAAAAUUACUAGAAUAACACUAAAUAGCCAGA